CUCCCUUUGAAUAGCAGAUGUAAACUUCCGGUGAAAGAAAAUGGUAGCACGUGUAUUUGUUUACAGAAAAGAAUAGCCAUAAAAUGCAGGUUUCUAACCCUAAUGAUGUUAAGAUUUAUAAUCUGAGUGCUGGAAAAUCAUUACCAGAAUGGCUGUCGGAAAGGAAAAUGAGGAAGUUAAAAAAGGAUAAUAUUGAGUUUCAACGUAAAAUAGAGUUAAUUCAGGAUUUUGAUAUGCCAACAGUUUGUCAUCGUGUUAAAGUAUCUAAAGAUGGACAGUAUAUCUGUGCUGUAGGUACUUAUAAGCCAAGAGUAAAGUGUUAUGAAGUUCAUCAAUUAUCACUGAAGUUUGAAAGAGGUUUAGAUGCAAAUGUCACUCAAUUCAUCAUUUUGUCAGAUGAUUAUUCUAAGAUGGUGUUUCUACAUGAUGACAGAUAUUUAGAAAUACAUGCUCAAGGUGGAAGGUAUUACAGAACAAGAAUACCUAAAUUUGGUCGAGAUCUCGACUUUCAUUAUCCAACAUGUGACCUGUAUGUUGUUGGAGUCAGUGAUGAAAUUUAUCGCCUAAAUCUUGAACAAGGCAGAUUUCUUGCACCUUUAAAAACUAAUGCUACGGAGUUGUCAUGUUGUCAGUUUAAUCCUUCACAUUAUUUAUUUGCAUGUGGAACAAAACAGGGUACAGUAGAAUGUUGGGAUCCAAGAUCAAGAACAAGAGCUGGUAUCUUAGAUAUUUAUAAAGGAAGUCACAGUUCAGAGUUUACAGAAUCCCCUGAAGUAACAGCAUUAAAAUUCAGAGAUGCAUUAACUAUGGGUGUUGGUACACAAACUGGUCAUGUGUUACUGUAUGAUAUGCGUUCUAAUAAACCUCUACUUAUAAAAGAUCACCAGUAUGAGCUACCCAUCAAAAACAUAGAGUUUCAUAAUCAGCUUGAUCUUGUUCUGUCUAUGGAUACUAAAAUAUUAAAAUUAUGGCACAGAGACACAGGUAAACCAUAUACAGCUAUAGAACCAGGUGUUGGAUUAAAUGAUCUAAGUCUCUAUCCUGAUUCAGGUCUAAUGUUUAUAGCCAAUGAAGCUCCCAAAAUACACACAUAUUUUAUACCAUCUUUAGGCCCAGCUCCAAGAUGGUGUUCUUUUCUAGAUAAUUUAACAGAAGAAUUAGAAGAAAGUGAAAGUUUAGUUGUUUACGAUGAUUAUAAGUUUGUUUCGCGUCAAGAAUUGGAUGACAUGGGAUUAACACAUCUUAUUGGAUCGAAUCUAGUUAAAGCUUAUAUGCAUGGUUUCUUUAUGGAUCUUAGAUUCUAUCAGAAAGCUAAAACACUAAGUCAACCAUUUGCCUAUGAUGAUUAUAAGAAAACUAAAAUAAAGGAAAAGAUAGACAGUGAGAGAAAGAACAGAGUUCAAAUAAAGAAAUUACCUCAGGUGAAUCGGGAACUAGCAGAAAAAUUUAUGACAGAAGGCGAAAAACAAAUUAAAGAUAAAAAGGGAAAGACUGUGCCCAAUAUAAUGAAGGAUGAAAGAUUUUCAGCUAUGUUUAUUGAUCCGGACUAUCAAAUUGAUAAAAGUGCACAGGAAUAUCGCUUAGUGAAUCCAUUAAUUACUAAAUUAGACAAAUCUAGACAGAAAAAACAAGCUGAACAGAAACGAAUUGCUGAUCAGUUUGAUGAAGUUGAGGAGGAACGAGAGGGUAGACCAAGUGAAGAUGAAAGUAGUAGCAGUUCUGAAGAUGAAAGAGUGGCACAUCGUGAGAUGAAAAAACAAUACAGACAAAUGAAAACACAAGAGAGGAGGGAAAAGAAAGUUGAAGAACUUGAAGAAGCUGUAUCUAGACCCAAGUUUUAUGAAAUUAAAGAUGAAUCCCGUGGUUAUAAAGUUCAACUUUCAAAAGAAGAAAAACAAAAGAAAAAGGAAAUGAAGAAAAGUUUAGCAGACAGAUUAGAAUCACAAAACAAUAUGGAAGAAGCCAGUGGUAGUAGAUCUUUAGGUAACAUGGAAAUGACAUUUAAACUGAAAAAGAAUGAAAAGCAACAAUGGCAAGAGAAAGCUCAAAAGAAUCAUAUGGAUGAAAGAAAGGAAUUAGGCCGAUCAGCAACAGAAAUAACAGGAGGUUUUAAAAAGAAACCAAAAUUUUGGAAUAAUAAGAGAGUGCAAUAAAUAUUAAUGCAGAUGUGUAAAUAAAUAACAGUCAACAGUUUUUGCAACCAACAGUUUGUACUUUUUAAGUACAAGAAAUCAUCACAUGUUGCGUCCAGUGACAUAGAAUGAAUUAUGCAAAAUUAUUGUUAACAACAGCUAGAGCCAAUAUUGAUUGGAAUCAGAAUAUAUUUAUAAGAAACUCAGGUCUUAUUUUGAAUUGCCACCUUCUAAGUGUGUUACUGGUACUACUCCAUAGCAACCAAAAUCAGGAAUUUUGUGACUUCUUGGUAAGGAUGGGGCUUUGAGAAAUAAAGUAAAUAAAGACCCAAUCGCUAAACAAGAAGUAUUUUUUGCACGGUUUUGUGCCAUGAGGCAUAAGACAUGCAUCUCAUUACGCCAGAGUUCGCCACAAUUGUCUUACAGAUACAUUUUUGUAAUGGUUAUCCUGUCAGUCCUGCCUAAAAAGUUGAUUAAAGUAUGUUGUGAUAUCCAGUAUUAUAUAAAUAUGUAUUUAUUGUAUAAACCAGAAAUAAAUUCAGUGCUAUAAUUCA